AUGAACAAGAGCAUGGCCGACUACCUGAUCACUGGUGGGACCGGCUAUGUGCCCGAUGAUGGUCUGACUGGGGCACAGUUAUUCGGCAAUGGAGACGGACUUACAUACAAUGACUUUCUUAUCUUACCCGGUUUUAUUGACUUCGCCUCUGAAGAAGUGGAUUUGACAUCAGCCCUGACCAAAAAAAUUACGCUGAAAGCUCCUUUAGUGUCUUCUCCUAUGGACACAGUAACGGAGUCACAGAUGGCUAUUGCCAUGGCACUUUGUGGUGGUGUUGGUGUCAUUCAUCAUAAUUGUACACCAGACUUUCAAGCAAAUGAAGUGAGGAAAGUCAAAAAAUAUGAACAAGGAUUCAUUCUGGACCCGGUUGUGAUGUCACCAAACCACACAGUGAGAGAUGUUGUAGAAGCUAAAAAGAAAUUUGGAUUCUCUGGUAUUCCAAUAACAGAGAAAGGUCACAUGGGUGAACUCCUUGUAGGGCUUGUUACUCAAAGAGACAUUGACUUUCUCACUAUGGACCAAUAUCACACAAAACUACAUGAGGUUAUGACCAAAAGAGAAGAUCUCAUUGUGGCUCUUGAAGGAGUUAAUUUAAAAGAAGCUAACCAAAUUCUACAGAAAAGUAAAAAAGGUAAAUUACCAAUCAUCAAUAAAGAAGGGGAGUUAGUAGCAUUAAUAGCUCGCACAGACACAAAAAAGAACAAAGAAUUUCCAUUAGCAUCAAAAGAUGAAAAGAAACAGCUUCUUGUUGGGGCUGCCAUCAGCACACAUAAUUGUGAUUAUGAGAGAUUAGAUCUCCUUGUCCAGGCCGGUGUCGAUUUUGUAGUACUAGAUUCAUCUCAAGGUAACUCUAUCUUUCAAAUUAACAUGAUUCGAGGAAUUAAACAGAAAUAUCCAGAUUUACAGAUUGUAGGUGGAAACGUUGUGACUGCAGCUCAGGCUAAAAAUCUUAUUGAUGCUGGCGUUGAUUCCUUACGAGUUGGAAUGGGCAGUGGUUCAAUUUGCAUUACUCAAGAAGUAAUGGCUGUAGGUCGCCCUCAAGGUACAGCAGUUUACAAAGUAGCUGAGUAUGCUCGACGUUUUGGCAUUCCUGUGAUUGCAGAUGGUGGCAUUUCCACUGUCGGCCAUUGUAUUAAGGCACUCUCUCUUGGAGCGUCAACAGUUAUGAUGGGUUCUAUGUUAGCUGGAACUACUGAAGCACCAGGAGAGUAUUUCUUUGCUGAUGGGGUCCGCCUUAAAAAAUAUCGAGGCAUGGGUUCCUUGGAUGCCAUGGAGAAACACCGUAGCAGCCAAAGUAGAUAUUUCAGUGAAAGUGAUAAACUAAAAGUGGCUCAGGGUGUAUCUGGCUCCAUAGUGGACAAAGGUUCCAUCAACAAGUUUGUUCCUUACUUAAUAUCUGGUAUCCAGCAUGGCUGCCAAGAUAUUGGUGCCAAGAGUCUUUCUGCUCUUCGAUCUAUGAUGUAUUCUGGUGAACUUAAAUUUGAACGCCGAACUUCUGCUGCUCAAGUAGAAGGUGGUGUGCAUGGGUUGCAUUCCUAUGAGAAGCGAUUGUUUUAA